UGAACCAGUUCAGACAGCUGGAUGAGGAAGUAAAGGUUGUGAGCACAUGGGUGUGGUACUUUAACCGUUAACUCCAUCAGCCUUUCAGAAACAGGAAAGCAGCGAGGAUGAUGAGGCUGGGGAUGAAUCUGUGGACCUCAGAGAGGAUGGAUACCAAGAAGUAUCUGGUUUCCAUCACCAUUUUCAUGUUUGCCAUGCUACAAGUGUCGAGGGCUCAGACUACCACAGUGGCAGAUCAAAUGGAGUCUGUGAGCAGCAAUACAACAAAUGCAAUAACGAUGCCCACUGCGCCCACUUCCACUGGAGGACGUGUUGGAGGAAGAGUCACUCGAGAUGCUAACUCAACCCAAGAAGUUUCCCCCGCUGAACAAACCACAAUCCGCCAGGCGAGCACCAAGAACAUGCUUGACCCCACGACAGAGAAGAAGACCACAACAGCUCCCAGUGAGGAAACAACAAAACCACACACAGAAGCUGCACCCACCAAAGCUCCCAGAGUGGAAACAACACCACCAAAAACAAAGGCCCCACCCACCAGAGAUCCAAAGUGGGCUCAAGAUUUCACCUAUGAUUAUGAAUCCCUGCGUAAAGUUGGACUGUCCAUCGCAGCAGUACUUUUCAUCGUGGGCAUCAUGGUGAUUGGCUGUGGUAAAGUCUGCCGGCUACCCAAGUGUAAAACCAAGUCAUCAAAGUCGUACAGAGUGGUGCAGGGAUAAGGAGAGAACAUAUGGACAUUGAUAAAAGCUCAGAGCUGCAAGAAACCAGUCUGAUCCAAGAGGAAAACACUCCAGCAGCACCUAGUUGUGUGUCUAUGUGUGUGUGUGGACUGAAGGACUGUAUGCUGCUUAGGAACAUGUGUCAAAACAUGAAUCGUGCUGACAAGUGAGGAAAGUUGAGCCCUCACUUGCUUAAUCUUUGUCAAAUAAUAUUUCUAUACUUGGCAGAAAGUGCACUAAAGAAGUGAUUAUUUAUCUUGGCAAAUAUUGAAGAGAUGAUUCAUAUUUUAAUCACACCCUCAGCUAAGAGGCAGCCUUGUUUCUAUUGAACUUUUUCAUAACUGAUAACAAAGACACUGUCCCACGGCCAAGAUUAUUAUUAAAGGUUAUGAAGAAUAACAUCCGAGAUUGGACUAAAUCUGGAACAACA